GCAUACAAAGGCUCGGGAUUCAGCUGAGAUAGAGAGGAAGAGAAAGCGCAGCCAAAUGUCGUCGCUUUUGCAGUCACUUUUGGAUCCGAAGAAGAGCUGGUUGGCAUCUCUGCAUAUGAAAACCCUUACCAGCCGUCUCAGCAAAUACGGCCUUCGUUACGACGAUCUGUACGAUCCUUACUACGAUUUGGAUAUCAAGGAGGCAUUGAACAGGCUGCCUCGUGAGGUCGUCGAUGCCCGUAACCAACGCCUUAAGCGUGCAAUUGACCUCUCCAUGAAGCACGAGUAUCUCCCUGAAGAUCUUCAGAAAAUGCAGACGCCAUUUAGGAGCUAUCUUCAAGAUAUGCUUGCUCUUGUAAGUUCUUGUACAGUAGAAAAGGAGAAUGCAGAGCGUGAAGCUUUGGGAGCUUUGCCUCUGUAUCAGCGAACCAUUCCUUAAGGGUUUUCGAGUUGUAUCUCGUAGUUAGCUGUUGAAAUAUUUGUUCAAUUGAUUUGCAUGUCGACUGGUAUUCCUAUAGCAGAGCUGGACUGUGAAUUUCGCCUUUUCCUAAUUUUGGUUGGUUACACAUUCAUGUGUCAGUUUUUGAACUGAAUUUCUGAUUAAGCUCAAGUCU